UUAGACGCCUCGGUGCAGGAAGUGAAAUACUAUAAAUUCACAUCUCGUCACAGAGUUUUCAGUAAUCACAACACUACUGCGAGUAAAACCAUGCUGAACUAACGCUCCGACAAGGCAAUAACCUGAGACCAUCAGGAAAAAUCGUCGAAAUGAAGAGCAGUUCUCAAAUGCAGAUUAUCCUGGUCGUCUGCUGUUUGAGUACUUUCAGCUCAGGCUCACCACAUCACUUCCAAGAUUACUCUGAAGAAUGGGACAAUAACAGGGCAGAGAAUUUGGCUUUGUGCUUCACUCACUUGAGAGCGCUUCAAAUACAGCCUCAGAUGACUAAAUUUGUUAUGGACAUUUGCAAUGCCAUCCUACAAAAUAUGCCAAGAACUGAGAGUGAUGAUAAUGAAGCUAUGUAUAAAAGAUUUUUAUUUCAUUACUCUAAAACACAAACACCAAAUCUGAAGAAUACAAUAUCUGCUGUGCACCCCUUACUGCAUCUUGCUCCAAAACUUUCUGAAAGAAGAAUGGACGGAACUCUUUAUUCACUUCUUAAUAACAACAUAAUGCUUGAUGUUGCUGCAAAGCUAUGUUGCAUUAAUUAUGAAUGA